GUAACCAAAUUUGGGAAUUGGGAGGAAGAAGACACAGCAAGAUUCAUAAUUUGAGCUACCAAAAUUGAAAUCACAAGAAAGCCACUGUUACUUUCAAUAGGUGGUGGAUUCAAGAUCGAGGUUACGCUCUUCAUAUUCUGUUGUUCUUUUUGCAGAUCUUAUUUCUGUUCAUCAGGUGUUCAAUUUCUCAAAUCUGUUUUAUUGAGUUGCGAAAUUAGGUUCCCGAUUUUGUUCAAUUAAUGUUGACUUCUUGUUGAUGAAUUGAUUAUGAGCUGUUCUGCGAUUCUACAUGAAGUUCUAAAUCUCAAAAUGGCACCAAAGAGAGGGUUUUUCCCUCUCUUACUCAUUGCAUCUCUCUCAGCUCUCUUGAUUUUCUCUCUCCACCGUUAUUCCUCCCUUCCUCUGCCCUUGUCUCCUCCCAUGACUCAAUUCCCACUCACGAACACAAAUGUAAACAAAUUCCAAAACCCUAAUUUCUCACUCACAAUCAAAGUCCUUACUUACGAUCGCCUCCCUUCGCUCCGCCGCUGCCUACGAUCCCUUGCAGCUGCUCAUUACGAUAACGAUAAGGUGAAUAUACAUAUAUUCAUUGAUCACUUCAAGGUUUUGGAUCAAAAGGAUGAGUAUUUGGAUCAGAAACUGAAUGAAUCUCGUCUGAUUCUCGAUUUUGUUGAUGGAUUUGAGUGGAGGUUUGGGGAGAAGAUGGUGCAUUACCGGACCGGUAACGUUGGGCUGCAGGCGCAGUGGUUGGAAGCAUGGUGGCCUGCUUCCAAUGAUGAGUUUGCAUUUGUGGUUGAAGAUGAUAUUGAAUUGUCUCCCUUGUAUUACAGAUUUCUUAGGGGGUUGAUUGUUAAUUUUUACUACAAUGCUUCAAAUUACAGUCCUUGGAUAUAUGGAGCCUCUUUACAACGAGCAAGGUUCGUGCCAGGUAAGCAUGGGAACAAAAUACACUUAAACGAAGGAACACAAGUUUUUUUGUAUCAGCUUGUUGGUACCUGGGGUCAGCUUCUGUUUCCCAGACCCUGGAAAGAGUUCCGUUUAUGGUAUGAUACCCACAAGACCAAGGACGUGAAGCCAAUUCUUGAUGGCAUGGUGACAACUGGGUGGUACAAAAAGAUGGGAGACAAGAUAUGGACUCCCUGGUUUAUCAAAUUCAUUCACGCUCGAGGCUAUUUCAACAUAUACACGAAUUUUUUACACGAAACCGCACUCAGCGUCUCGCAUCGAGAUGCUGGCGUUAACUACGGGAAAACAGCAGGGCCUGAUUCGAAUCUGAUGCAGGAGAGUUCUCAUGAAAGCAACUUUUUCAAAUUGGAGCCUUUGAGAAAUCUCAAGUGGUAUGAUUUCUGUUUCAGAGAAGUAGUUCCUGAUAGAAUGGUGACGAGUGUCCAUGAACUCGAGCCUGUUCUGAAAACGGCUCGAAAGAUGAAUUCUCUUGUUCUUGUGAGCAUAUAUCGAACAUCGGAGAUGUUCACUAGAAACUUGUUGUGUCACUUUGAGCGGCUCGAUAUUCGCAACUACAUAUUUAUCGGUCCGGACAGGAAUUUCUUGCUCGAUCUUUCUAGACGAGGGCACCCGGUGAUCGACGUGAAUAGAUUUGUGGACGACAUCAAGGAAUAUAAAUCCUUUAAGUACCAGAAGGAGAUUUUCGUGAAGGCUUAUGUGAUCAAGAAAGCUUUGGAAAUGAAUUGCGACACAUGGGUGUUGGAUCACAACAUGCUUCCCGUCAAAAACGAUUUGUUUCUUGACUCGUUCAGAGUUGACUCGAGCAUUGACUUUUAUAUCGGGAAGAGACUUGGACUUUUGUUUGCCAGGGGUUCGUCAUCUGGAGUUUGGAGUGAUCGUUUUGUGAACGAGAUUGCAAGAAUGGCGGAGGACACCGAGAUGAGUAAAGAUGAGAGUGGUUUUGUGUUUUUGGCAGGGAAGGUAUUGGAGAGGAAGGGUGUCAAGUUACGAAGGGUCGAUGAAGGUGGUUUUAGUGUUGAGAUCGGUGCAGGUAACGAUAAUGGAACGUCGUUAAAGAACGAGACGAGGAUCGCGUUUUGGUCUUCUGAUUUGGGUUGGGAUUUGAUUCGGAAAAGACUUGAAUGUUUAGGUUUGUGGAUAAUAGAUGACGAAUCCAAUUGUAGGUCUGUUAUUUGUCACCCCUCGUAGCGUUUUCUUUUUCUUUCUAUUAUCAAACGAGUCAUUUGCAAAAUCCGAAAUGGAUCCAAUUUUACGAGCAUCAUUUGUAACAGUAUGUUAACGAAAAUGAGAAGUGUUG